AUGAAACGGGGAAGCCUGCAGAUCUCUGACGCCUUCUCAAGCGGUCAAUCAAGCAGGGGGGGAAACAAACCCGUCAACUUCUAAUUAGAGUAACAGGCGGUGCUAGUUUGUCCACUGGAAACGCACCGUUGAAGCUGCAGCUCCUGCAUGGUCCCCGGAUCGCCUACCCCACACUCACAGCCUUUGCAUCACAGAUCUCUCCGUCACACCGAGGUUUCCCCCCUCUGCUGCAUGCGUAACAUCUCUCCAGGUCCAGCCGUGGAGCGCACCGACACCUGACCGCUCGGAUCGCGUCGGAACCCGCUGAGGCAAGACUAGGGCAAACGCACGGAUUUUCCUCCUUCAGAUCAGAAGCGAGGCACACCAUGAAGGACAGCAUUGUCAACAACAGCACAGCCAGCAUCUCCCAAGCCAGGAAAGCAGUGGAGCAGCUGAAGAUGGAGGCCUGCAUGGACAGGAUAAAGGUGUCCAAAGCAGCUGCAGACCUGAUGGCGUACUGUGACGCCCAUACACGCGAGGACCCCCUCAUCGUGCCCGUCCCCGCCUCCGAGAACCCCUUCCGGGAGAAGAAGUUCUUCUGCACCAUCCUCUGAUGUGUCCCCGCCAGAGCCGUUACGAUUGCAGGCAUGGCGUUGCCUGGCUUCUCUGUCUUCACCACACCUGAAGCUACUGGCCAUCAAAGGCGUUGAGUUGAGUUUUCCCUGGUGGACACUCUGUUGUUGCUCGUCAGCUCUGUCUUAGUGGCUGAGGGUUUUGGGGGAGUCAGCCACCGAACUGGCAACCCAGUGAGCGUUACCAUGUCUUAUUAAAUAGGUUUGUUAUUGCUUUGUUGUUAGAGAACAGCCUUGCUCAGUGCUUAAUGAGAUGAAAGAUGUUUAUCCUUUUUCUUUCUGAAUUUUCUUGUGCUAGAUCAUAACUUGCCUCAGGAAACAGAAAACUUGCCCAGUGUUAAAACUUUUAAAACAUGUUUCCCUUUUUACUGUAUUCAGUUUAAAUUUUCGUCUUUGUAACAUUUUGAACAUAACCAGUGGUGCUGUUUCAUUUUGUACCAACAUUGGCUCAAAUUCCUUAAAAUUUUCCAGUAGAGUCACUGAAAAUGUAAUUUAUUUUUUUGCGCUUCAGUGUAGAAAUGUUGACUCAAGUUGGACAAAUGCAACUUCAAACCUGACUUAGACUCACACUCUAAAGACUCGUGACUUGACUUGGACUCGUGGUCUGGGACUCAAGUCUAAAUUGGGAAUCUUGAUCCCAUGUAAUCAAGGGUGAAAGCAAGCUGAUCUGUAAACUGCAGACUGCACAUGAUACACUGCAUAUGCAUGUUUUCUUGUGAAAGCAGUCGCUUGAUUAAUUAGCAAUCGCAGACCAUCAGCUAUUAUUCAAGUUAGUUCGAUGUUCAUUAUAAUGACCACAUGGAUGUCUUUACAAAUGAACACUUUUCUAAAUAACUUUAGCUCAUUUAAGAGUAAAAUAGACUAAACUUACCUCCAACAUUCUCUCACUGUUAAGCUAGCUGUGCCACUACAAAACACUUUGUGCUUAUCAAAAUAAAAGCACUUCCUUUUUUCAUUCAGAAAUUCGACAUACUUUUUCAAAUCUACUUACUACACCAUGCCUCGCGCAUUGUGUUCUAAUGUAUAGCGUACAUGGGAGAAUAUUUUACAUUUUACAAGAUUGCUACAAGAUAAAAAAAGUUAAAGGUAAAUUUGGCCUAAGGACAAACAGUGCAGAAUUUCAGUUCCUUACUUACAGCUAUGCAAUGACUUAGAAAGAUUACACAGAAUGUGUUUGAUAAGAAAUUUCAGUCAUUAGGGACUUGAGGGCUGACUUGAUGCAGAUUCACGCUGUAAGGACUCAAAAACCUGAUUUUACCUUGCACACUUAAGACUUGAGACUUGACUUGGACUCACACUCUAAAGACUAGAAACCUGACUUGGACUCAUGCUGUGAAGACUUGAGACCUGAUUUAGAGUAAGACUUGACUUAAACUCACAACCUAAAGCCUUGAGAAAUGAUUUAAACUAGUGUCUAAAUAGUUUUGGCUUGGCUGAUGACUAGAGACUUUGCUUUUACUCGCUCUUCACACCAGUCAGGAUCUGCAAAAACACAGACAAUGAAAUCUGAGACUUGAUUUACAAUUACACUCUGAAGACUUAAGACAUUAUUUAAAUUUAGACCCUAAAGAUUUGAAACAUAACUUAGACAUGCACUCAAAAGACUAGAAAGAGUUGUGGUCUUUGACUUGAGUCUCUAAAAAUCUUUAACCCAUAAAAUCAGAAGAUAACUACACACAGCUGCUCUGACAGGCACUUAUAUCUCUAUUAUAAGCCGGUGACAUUCACUGACCAUGAGCUGUUAAUAUUUGAGAACAGUCAGAUCAUGUGUGCUGUAAUGUCACAACUGAACACUGUAUUACACAGCAUUGCAGUGUUAUAGGCUCACUAGAUGACAUGUACCUGAUGAAAAAAUGACUUCGGACUUGACUUCUGUAAUUCACCCAAGUCAGGAUCUGCUGUAAACACAAAGAAACGCUUUCCUUCUUCUUCAAGGUUAUGACGACAAACAAUGUAAGAGACACAAAUUAUUCAUUAAUCUGUCUUUUGCUUUGGUGUUGUUUGAUUUUCCUUUAAUUUACAGUAUUGCCUUUAAAUAAGAGACCUUAUGAGUUCACGUUGCUCCGAACUGAAGUAUUAUCUUUCAAUUAGCAGGAUGAGUUUUCUGGGCCUGUUUCCUGAGCCUGUUUCUUUUUUGCCUGUCAUAUAGAGUGAAUGGCACAGCCUUUGACAUUAAUGCCGGACCAGAGGCCUGCAUGUUUCUCCACUCUUCUUUUUGACAGCUUCCUCUCUUUCCGAGGCACUGUCGGUCUUUUAGAGUGUACAGUAAGUUACAGUGCCAAUUUCUGUGAGAGCAGCGUGAUUCUCACCCUGCAGGCCCUCCAGUCCUUCCUUUCCCUUUUGUUCAUUUCGGCAGAAAAAGCACACUGUCGAAACAUUUCCUUUACAUGGUAGUUGAAUAGCAUUUGCUAAUUUUUACAAUAACUUGUCAUGAUUGUUAUUAAUAUUGUUAUUAUCAGUAGUAAUAUUGAAUAUUUGUUGCACAGCACUGACAGCUACAUGACGUGUAGUGCUACUAUAAGCUUGUAUGAAGAAAAAAGUGUUUAUAAAUCAUUGCAAAUAUUGAUACUAUCUCUGUAUUUUUUAAGAACAACAGUAAGGGUUAUUUACACAAUAUGAUCCCUUUAGUGGUUCAGGCCUUUUUUGUCUCAUUUCUGUAAAAUAGAGAGAAAUUUCCUGCCUCCCGUUACUUGUCUUAUCACGAAAUAAUAAUUUCACUCCUGACGCAGGUUGUCAUCAGAACAAAUGUUUUUUUUGUUUUUUUUCUUCAAAACAAGAUGGUGCCAAAUCUACAACAAGAACUAAAACAAAAUUAUUAUUGAAUUAUGAUUUGUUUCAAUCUACAACAGGGAGGAGAGUUUUGAUGUUAAAUAUUGCAUUGUCAUUGACAGUGCCAGAUGCAAUUAUUGGCGCCCCUGGUAAAGAAAUGAAAAAACAAAAGCUUUAAAAUAAAUGAAUCUUUCACAGCGGAGGCAUAAUCUCAUACUCUAUGCUGCCUUCUCUUCAGUUCAUCCUGCAGGAUUUUUAUUGGAUUCAGGAUACAUGAUCAUAAAAGGAGGUGAACAAAUUCUGUGUUGAUUUGUCCAAAUGUUUUGGAUCAUUAUUCCAUGAAACACCCAAAUUAUGAACCAUUUUUUACAUUUCCUUGUAUAUUGAGGAGCCCAUGAUGCCAUGAACUCUCACAAGGUUUUUUAGGGGCCUUGAUAUGGAAACAGGCCCACAGCAUUACAGAACCUCAACUAUACUUAACAGUGGGUAUCAGGAACUUGUCUUAUUUUUCUAAACACAAACUUUAGGAAAAAACCUCAACUGUAGCCUCAUCUGACAAAACCACAUGGCUCCAGUUAAAUUCCCAGAAGCAUUUUGAAACUUCCGCAUGUUUACAUUUGUGAUGGUAGGACCAGAGGCCUCCUAAAAAAACAGCCGGAUUAUAGAUAGUCUGUACUGGUUCUUUUGAAGACUUGCUGGCCCUAAGAGGCCACUCUUUGCGACACAUUUGCCUCACUUAAGUAGCGUGUUUUCUUGUCUUUCCCAUUUUGAAGAGUGGCAAAGAGGAAACGCAGUUUCUUUUUGUCACAUCCUAUUUAUACCCAAGUGAAACAGACAUUCCUAGAAAAUCAGAUGUACUUGGAAAAGUAAAGUAUGAACAAAAAAGAUGAUUCAAUUACCUUUGUUGUCUGGAAAUUAUUCAGUGUAUAAGUAGUUGUUUUUUAAAAUGGGAUUUUUCCACCAUUGACACUUAUAUACUUAAAUCAAAGGGCUGUAUUUUUCUAAAAUUGUCGGUGUGAGAUUAUGCUGGCGCAAUAUGAGAUGAAUUUAUUUUAAGGCUCUUUACACAUCUUUACCAGCAGUGCCAAUAAAUAUGGCUGGCACUGUACUCUGCACAGAAUGAGCUCACUGGAGACUGGAUAUGUCAAUAAAGCGUGCCACUGUGUGAAUGGUAAUAUGGAGAAAAAAGCAUUUAAACAGAAGGCUUUGUAAACCCUUUGAAGAAUCAAAUGAAUUAAAGGAAAACGGUAACCCA